GAGAGAGAGAGAGGGAGAGAGAGAAAUUAAAAAGCAUGCAAACUGGAGCUACUUGAGUGGGUCUGAUAGGCUCCCCAGCCGCGAGUAACUGGGUUACGUAGGCAAUCAGCUCCACACAACUUGGGCACCUGCGGAAAGAGCUGAUCUAGAGACAAGAAGAGGGAAAAGCAAGUUCUCCAAAGCUGAAAAAGCGGAUCUCUGCUUUCCUUGCCUAUACCAGCCUCGUGUUGCGUGGAAAGCUCUCCGUCACAGUGGCAUCCAGAAUGGACUGCUGUAAUCAAGCGGCUUGCACCAAACUGGAUGAAGACAUCUUGGACAUUCCCCUGGAUGACCCAGGUGCCAAUGCAGCUGCGGCCAAGAUCCAGGCCAGUUUCCGUGGUCAUAUGACUAGGAAGAAGAUUAAAGGGGGUGAAAGGGAGCGCAAGAGGAAGGACCCAGAGUGUACGAGCAGCGCCCGCGCAGGGGACUUACGCAAUGGCGAUUAAGCAGAUGGUGUCUAUGAAGAAGUGGAUGAAACAGCAGCAUCCAGCCAGGUUCCUGAUUGGUCCUCUGAACAGCACCUUCCAGCUUCCAGAAGAGCAAUCACCAGCCUAGCCAGUCUGACCACAGAAGAGACACAGCGCUCUGCAGCUUUCUCCCCGGACUGCCUUUGAUUCCAGAACCAUCAUUACCAUCCCUUCUGUUUGAAACAUGAUGCUGAUGCUCCCUCCUUUCCCCUUAUCACACAGACCAUGAAGUUCUCCUUUGCACUUGGUCUCUGUCCUUAUUCUGCACACACCAGUUCCUCAGCUCCUAGAUCAUAUAUUGUAUUGCAUACACCAUUGCACAAAUAUAUAAUGCACAUGCAUUUAUUUGCAGAACUGAUAGUCCAUCCUGUGUUUCUUGACCUUUUGUGCUCUCUUUGAUCUAACUUCUUUGAUUCCCCCUUGCCAGCCCUGUAGAGUUUUUGGGCAUUUCCUGCAGAGCCCCAAUUUCUUAAGUGAAAUAGACAUUGGGGAGAGAGGUUACCUUUUCUAUGGCUUAUUCUUUGUGACCUUUUUGACAACUGGCCAGCAGAAACUGGAGACAGAUAAUAGAACUGGGAAUAGUAAGAACGCUGUACCAGCACAUGUAGCUUUCACUCACUGUAACCUCUGCAAAGACAGACAUGAUAUAGGUUCUGCAUCUGGGGUAUAAACCCAGCUCCAUAACUUACAUACACACACGUGUGUUUGUGAGUAGUUAAAAUUGAAUGAUGGAUCCCUUCUCACUCUUGUCUCUCCUCAUAUGCUUCAAGCAGGCUAUGUAUUUUAAAGGUGUAUCUAUACGCAUGUACAUUUAUCCUGUACAUUACCAAAAUCUUUUAAAACAGUGUUCUAGGGUUUUUCAGGGAAGGGAUGGUGCUGAUGACACAGGCACGAACCAAUAGGUAUCCAGCACAGCUUCCUUGUACCUGAUGCAUUGUGAACUUGCAAAAACAUAUUUCCAGAGCUUGUUCAAAGACAAAUACUAGAAUUUUCAGUGCAGUGCAGAUAUUAUCCAAACUAUCUCUACCACACUUAACACAAUCUGUCUUGACUCCAGUUUUGGGAACACUGCCUUGAAAACUUUCUAAUUAAUUUUAACCACUGCUGCCUAUAACCGGAUGUAACGUUGUAAUUGUGAUAGAGAUUUGAUUUCACUGUUCUGAAAAGUCAGACAUUUUUUCUGUCCUGGAGCAAACUCUGGGGGAAAACAAAAAUGAUUUUGCACCUUUCCAGUGUGCCAGAAACAAAGCAGAUGAGAUGGGUACCUAUUGAUUAGCACCCAUGAUCACCGACUUAACUGCCCUGUUCAUCCCUAGAAUAGUUAUGCAACUAUUUUUCUAAACCUUCUUCAAUUUUAUUUUGAUAAGGUGAAGGAUAAAUACACUCACAUGUGUAUUUGGCCUGUUGAAAUAUAUAUGGCGGACAGCUCUCCUGAAGUGUGCAGAUUGGGAAGGAGCAAGAGUGAUUGCUGAUCCUGUACUAUUUGAUUGUCAGAGGAAGAAGUAGGAAGAAGAUAGAAUAGGCACCACUCCCAUACCACCUUCAACUCUCUUUUUAAAAACUCCCUCUAUUGUCUCUUUCCAAUCUGGACAGAAAUACACUAACCUUUCCUUCAUUGCAACUUGGGGUUCCAUAGAGUCCUUUCUUGCAUGAUGCAUGCUUGUUUAUUCUGUUGCAUUCCAUGGCUUCAGAAAAUCCCUUUCCAGAUGUCAUGGCAGCCAACCUCCUUUUCUUAACCCAGCCUCCUCCAUGAACAUUUCCCAUUCAUUAGUAAGUUCAAGACUGAGAUAUUAAUUCUAUUGAUGUCCUCAGUUGUUUUCAUGGCAUAGUGAAAACUUUUGCAAUGAAAUUAAUAUUUGCUGUAGACUGGGGUCCUUGAUUCCCCAGUUCUUUGGGCUGGUGGGCCCAUGGGAAGCUCUAAGUUUCUAAGAUUUCAUUAUCAGCAUUCAAAGCCUUCAUGGACAUGCGAUCCAAUCCAGUUCCAAAUCUAUAGUGUACAAAUUGUUCACUGUGGUUAUCCCACAGCCCUCAGUUGUGGAAGCAACAAUGCAGAGUCCUGGUUUCAUUUUCCCCCAUUACCCUUCCCUCUCCAAAUCUUGCAUUCUUCAUUAUAGCUGAAAUGUUGAUUGUAUGCUCUUUGUAGAUGGCCAUCCUGAAAGAAGUCUGUACUCCCAGACACACCCGCCACUGAAAAAGAAGCACCAUGCAGCCAGGGUUUUGCUUUCCUGUCUGUUCCCUUGUUCAACCACCCUGCUCUUACCUCUCACUUGCUGAGGGUAAGAUUCCAAUAUUGCCCCAGAGCAGAAAGGAGAACAGAGUAGGUAAUGGAGCUGUUGGACAAGCAGAAGAGAAAAACAAAAAACAGUGGCUGCAUUUUCUUUUGUAGCUGUUAGAGACAGGACAGCAACUGAACAGGAGAGACAAAUGCCAAGAAACCAGGGAGCUCUGAUGAAGAUUUCUAAAGAAAACAGUAUGCGGGAGCUUUCUUUGCCCAUUCAGCCACCUCCCAAUCAUGCCCCAUUCCUUCCUCUGGCUUGCAAACACCCCAAGCUCUUUCCCCUGUCCUUGUGUGCACCUCUCUCUGCAUCUUUAACAGUCGGCAGGAGUUAGUGCAAUUGUCUUUCGCAAUAUCCUUUCAGUUUUGCAUGUGAUUUCUUCUACCAAGAUGGAAUGUUAAUAAAGGAAUGUUGAUAUGAAA